CAUGGAUGGAUGUGGCCCUUUGCUUGCUUUUAUCCGGCCCUUGGAGCACUAUUCCAUCCACUGGCUCCAACAUUGGGUCAUCAUUCCUGCCAUUGACACCAACAAUGGAGCACUAUUCCUCCCAAUGACACCAACGAUGGGGUGUUAUUUCUUUCACUGACACCUACAAUGGGGCACAAUUCCUUCCAAAAACACAAACGAUACGGCACACUUCCUUCCACUGACACCCACUGAUGGGGCACUAUUCCUUCCACUGACACCAACGAUGGGGCACUAUUCCUCCACUGACACCAAUGAUGGGGCACUAUUCCUCCCACUGACACCAAUGAUGGGGCAC